UAUCAAAAAAAAAACUUAAAUUCCCGCCAAAAGCGGCCAUGUUUUAUUUUGUUUUGACGUGUGCUGUGUGGAAAUGAAGCGAAGGGAGUGUUGCAUUUUAGAAUCAUUUACGUAGCUAAUUAACGCCAUGAUUUGAACAAAAAGUUCCAUUAUUUUAGAUUGCUUUUGAUGUUAUUGUAAUUAUGUAACCGUGAAAGUGCCCGUACAGAGUGUGUAAGCUGGAAAAUUAAGUGCUAAAAACAUGGUUAGUAAAAUGGUCAUGAAGAGCAAAAGACAGUUGUUGGCGACUCUCGUGACGGGAGAGAAGGCGCCUUGUGCUUUUUGCCGGCGGGAGGUGGACGAUGAGAUUACUUACGGCAAGCUGUACGCUAUAGGCGACAUCCAGUGCCAUUAUUUCUGUGUUUUGCUGUCCUGCUGCCUGGUGCAGAAGGGGAGGGACACAGAGGGGCUGUUUGGGUUCUUAUACCCUGACAUCAUAGCUGAGAUUGAGAGGAGUAAAAAACAUAGAUGCUCAUUCUGCAGCAGGGGCGGCGCUGGUAUCGGCUGCUGCGUGGCGCAGUGUCGCAAGCAGUUCCACCUGCCAUGCGGGCGGGAGAGGAAUGCUGUCACCCUCUUCUAUGGGACCUUCAAAACGUACUGCCAACUUCACGCGCCCAAACAGAAGAUUCCACGCCACAUAAUGGACGUGGCGAAACUGCGAAUGAAGAGGGCAACCAGUGGGCUGAAGGCGGCGCCCAGUCUUGGCGCCUUGAAGGAGCUGUGUCCAGAGGUCCAGAACAGUGAAGCGUGCCAGCCCUCGGACACGGAGUCGGUGUGCGUGAUAUGCUACGAGGCAGUGGAGGGGUACCCCUCCGUGGGCACGUUCUGGCCGCCGUGCUGCGCACGCGACGCCUGGUUCCACCGGACGUGUCUGCAGAGAAUGGCGCUUAGUGCUGGCAUGCACUACCUCAAGUGUCCGCUCUGCAAUGACAAGGAGAACUUCUACCAAGCGGUCAUCGCCCAAGGGUACUACGUACCAGAUAGGGACGCCGCGUGGGAGUUGGAACAGAACGCGUUCGCGGAGAUAUACGAGCGGCCUCUGUCUUGUUCCGCUGAGGAGUGCGCGUGCCCCAUGGGCCGCGGACACGACGCCGAGACGGGGAGCUGGGACCUGAGGCUGUGCCUGCUGUGCGGCACGAGCGGCGGGCACGCGGGCUGCGUGGGCGGCGUGCGGUUCGUGUGCGGCGUGUGCCGCCCCGCCGCGCCCGCGGACAUGGACGCGCUCGCGGCGGACAUCGAAGCUGCUAUCCAAGCGGAGCAGAGCCGUGCGAGCCAAGCGGCGCGUCGCCGGGUCAUGCCCAGCCGGAUGUCGCUGCGGCGGACCAAGGCGAGACUGACACAUAAUACGGCCUCAACAUCACAAUCUGUGCCACCAAUGAAAAUACAAGAUGAAGCAUCAAACACAAUAUCCUCCCGUUUGGACCUCAACCUUAAAACGCCAACGAAACGAGCCACAGAAGAAAAGUCGACCGCCAUCCUUAAAAACAUAGAGAAUACAAUAUUCUCCCCAACGAAGCUGAUAGAAGAGGGCAUAUACAACAAAAUGAAGAGAAGUGGAGUGAAUGCAGUGGAUAGUCAGGUCUUAUGUAAGGUGAAGGAGAGUUUGAGGAAGCCCCGGCCUCUUAGUGUCAAGAAGAGAAUUGUCAACCAGGCCUUAGAGAAGCUUUUUGAUGACGUAUUGAAAGAAACACAUAAAUCCAAGGAGAGGAGCCCGCUGAAGAAAGUGUAUGAGGUUGUUGCAAACGUUCCAGAGGUAAAGCAAGAAGGUAAGAACGCUGAUACAAAUGAGGACAACGACAAAACUGCUGCAAACAACUGCGAUAAACCACAAGACACUGCACUGAACGUAAUAUCUACAGGUGAAGAUAUAACACCAUUAUUAGAUGAAGAAACCCAAGAUGCAUUCGUGGAUAAAAUUACUGGAAAUUUGAAGGAAGACGCAGAAUUACUAACAGAUGACACUGUUGCUGUUAAAAACGACGAUGAUUCGUCAAACAGCACUUUUCUAUUACCAUCAGAGUUCGUAGCAGACAGAAACAGCGAGGACAGUUUUCCUCUAUUCGAAACUCCUAAGAAGCUUAAAACCGUCGACAUCCAAAAAGAUUCCAGCCUAGAAAUAAGCGAGAAUAACGACGCAGUUAACAUAGACGUCGUCAAAAUGGAAGAGAAUUCAGACAACAAAGAUUUUAUUAAAAGUUUAGACCUAAAAAUGCCUGUGAAAACGGAACUGUGCGCGUUUAAGUUCAACCCGAUUGACAAAGAGACGUUGCAAGAAGACAAAUUGGAUAUAGACGUCGAAAGUUUUAAAAGUUACUACUUGAACGAAGUUGAUAGAGACUUUCAAUGCGAUUACAGCCAUAAACAUAAGCACGAGAAGAAAAAAGAAAGUCCCGCCAGAUUAAGAACUGCCAUCGACUUCGCCCUAGACGCUACGUUUAAAAAAGGAACACAGACUAAAAAUUUAAAAAGAAAGCUCGCAUCUGAAGAUGGCGUCCCCAAAAAGAAAAGGAGGCAAAACAAAAAAGUUGUUUUGAAAUAUACAGAUGAUAAUUCUAAACAUAUCAAGGUUGUUUGCUCUAAAAAUAAGAGAAAAAGCACCACUGAGACUAUAGAUUUUAGUAUGAAAUCGCCCAAACAGAAAAAAAUUAAGAAAUCCAAGAAAAGGAACAAAAGGCGGGAAAAUAUUCACGUCAAAAUCAAAUUUCGUAAACAACAGGUUAGGCUAAAGAUAACGAAAGAAUUGCAGACUAAAAAGAAAUUAAAGAAAAAGAAAAAAGACUGCAAGGAAAAGAAGCUGAAGCAAUACAUAUUGCAGUAUUACGGGAAUUCUUCGCCAAAUGAUGUGAUUGUGAAACCCGAGAAGGAUGUAACGCCUCAAAAGAAAAAGCAUGUAAAAGUCGAAAAAUCUCCCGACAAUCUUAUUCAAACUUCCAUACAGAGUUUCUUCAAAAAAGUUCCUACACCAAGUGAAUAGGUGAUUGUACUGAUUAUUGUAUAUAGGUAUAUAUUUUUUUAGUAUGACUAUUAUACACGGCGAUAUGGCUCAACUUCUGUCACGUCGGUCUAAUAGAAAGCUCAGGUGAAGCGUGGGUAUUUAGUUCAUCUUGCAUUGGAUGUACCUCUGACUACCCCAAUUGGGUAAAGAUAAAGAUAAAGAUAAUUUAUAAAUAGUCAUUUGUUAAAAUUGUUACAAAUAAUCGUGGUUGCAUUUUCCGAUUUCUUAUUAGUUUUUUGAGGUCAUGUUUAAGUUUUAGCGCUCUUUUAUUUUAACAGUGUUGCCAGUUAUUCGUCAAAAUCACAUUUUGGUAGAAUUUUACUCCACCUUUUACUUAUCUGUUAGAGCAAUUAGUGAAUAAUACUAAGUGCGUUAUUUAUAUAUUAUAGUUAACAAACUGUCUAUGUCAAGCAAACUUUCGUUUGUUAUAGUUUUAUACUAUGUUUUAAGUUUUGAUAUGUAUUGUAGUUUUUAGACUUAUUUACACUACGUUUAUAUAAUAUCAUCACAAUUUACAUUUUGAAUAAAGAUAGUAUUAUGAU